CGCUCCCUCCUCAGCUCCCGGGCGCUAGACCGGAGCGUUCCGAGCGGCGCCCCCCGUCGCCGGCGGCGUGGGGACCGCGGCCAGGGCCGGGACCUCGGGCGGUGACAGGGACACAGUAGUGACUGGCGUGAAGCCGCAGGAGCGAGCCUGGUGCGGACGCCGAGGCUCUCAGGUUAUUCCGGGCUGUCCCCAGGCUCCUCCCGCCUGGCGGGCAGUGCUGUCCGGUGGUUAAGAGCACCCCCGCCGGCGAGGUCUCCGGGGCCAGAAACUGGAGCCGAGCAGCCAUGGCCUAUCACAGCUUCCUGGUGGAGCCCAUCAGCUGCCAUGCCUGGAACAAGGACCGCACCCAGAUCGCCAUCUGCCCCAACAACCACGAGGUGCACAUCUAUGAGAAGAGCGGGAACAAGUGGGUCCAGGUGCACGAGCUCAAGGAGCACAACGGGCAGGUGACAGGCAUCGACUGGGCCCCCGAGAGUAACCGCAUCGUGACCUGCGGCACAGACCGCAAUGCCUACGUGUGGACGCUGAAAGGCCGCACGUGGAAGCCCACGCUGGUCAUCCUGCGCAUCAACCGCGCCGCUCGCUGUGUGCGCUGGGCUCCCCAGGAGAACAAGUUCGCUGUGGGCAGUGGCUCCCGUGUCAUCUCCAUCUGCUAUUUUGAGCAGGAAAACGACUGGUGGGUUUGCAAGCACAUCAAGAAGCCCAUUCGCUCCACCAUCCUGAGUCUGGACUGGCACCCCAACAAUGUGCUCCUGGCCGCCGGCUCCUGCGACUUCAAGUGCCGGCCCUCCUGUGCUCAUUGGAACCUCCCACUCCUUCAGCUUAUUGGCUUCUAUCUGAGGGAGAAUGAGUGGGUGUACUUUUUCACAGUAAGGAUCUUCUCAGCCUACAUCAAGGAGGUGGAGGAGCGGCCAGCACCCACCCCAUGGGGCUCCAAGAUGCCCUUCGGGGAGCUGAUGUUUGAGUCCAGCAGUAGCUGCGGCUGGGUGCACGGUGUCUGCUUUUCAGCCAGCGGCAGCCGUGUGGCCUGGGUCAGCCAUGACAGCACCGUGUGCCUGGCUGAUGCCGACAAGAAGAUGGCCGUCGCGACUCUGGCCUCUGAAACGCUGCCGUUGCUGGCCCUGACCUUCAUCACAGAAAACAGUCUGGUGGCAGCGGGCCACGACUGCUUCCCGGUGCUGUUCACUUACGAUGGCGCCGCGGGGACGCUGAGCUUCGGUGGGCGGCUGGACGUGCCCAAGCAAAGCUCGCAGCGCGGCUUGACGGCCCGCGAGCGCUUCCAGAACCUCGACAAGAAGGCGAGCUCGGAGGGCAGCGCGGCGGCGAGCGGGGGCCUGGACUCGCUGCACAAGAACAGCGUCAGCCAGAUCUCGGUGCUCAGCGGGGGAAAGGCCAAGUGCUCGCAGUUCUGCACUACAGGCAUGGACGGCGGCAUGAGCAUCUGGGACGUGAAGAGCUUGGAGUCAGCCUUGAAGGAUCUCAAGAUCAAAUGACCUGUGAGGAGUCUGCCGCCCUCAUCCCAGCUGCUGAGGGAAGGGGGUCAGGGAGGCAAAGGAUCGCUUUGCUCGAUAUUUCUAGGGUACCAGUUCAGGUCCCCACGGGCUGCUCCCUCAGGUGGGGAGGGGCGGGGCGGGGCGGGAGGCUUACCUACUGAAGGAACAAUUGCCUUUUUCUUAAAGAAAUGCUUUCAUUUAUUGUAAAAAAUGUCCCCAAAGCACUCUGCUGGUCAUGAACUGCUUCAAAAUGUGGAGGUAAUAAAAAUGCAACUGCAGACA